GUUAUUACACAAGACCACUCAAUUCGACCAAACUCGAGAGAGAGAGAAAGAGAAACAAAGGUUAAACUAUGUCUAAAGAAGUGAGCGAAGAGGGACAAACCCACCACCAUGGCAAAGACUACGUUGACCCUCCACCAGCUCCGCUUCUCGACAUGGCAGAGCUCGGGAAGUGGUCUUUCUACAGAGCUCUCAUCGCCGAGUUCGUCGCCACGCUCCUCUUCCUCUACGUCACCGUAGCCACCGUCAUUGGCCACAAGAAACAAACCGGUCCUUGCGACGGCGUUGGUUUGCUCGGGAUCGCUUGGGCGUUCGGUGGUAUGAUCUUCGUCCUCGUUUACUGCACCGCCGGUAUCUCUGGUGGUCACAUUAACCCAGCUGUGACUUUCGGUCUGUUCUUGGCGCGUAAGGUCUCUUUGGUGAGAGCUGUUGGUUACAUGAUAGCUCAGUGUCUUGGAGCCGUUUGUGGUGUGGGUUUCGUGAAAGCUUUUAUGAAAACUCCUUACAACACUCUCGGAGGCGGAGCUAACACUGUAGCUGAUGGUUACAGCAACGGAACUGCUCUCGGAGCUGAGAUUAUUGGGACUUUCGUCCUUGUUUACACGGUUUUCUCUGCGACUGACCCCAAGAGGAGCGCUCGUGACUCUCACAUCCCUGUCUUGGCUCCACUUCCAAUUGGAUUUGCUGUGUUCAUGGUACAUUUGGCUACUAUCCCCAUUACUGGAACUGGAAUUAACCCAGCCAGAAGCUUUGGUGCUGCUGUUAUCUACAACAACGAGAAGGCAUGGGAUGACCAUUGGAUCUUCUGGGUCGGUCCAUUCGUGGGAGCACUAGCAGCAGCAGCUUACCAUCAAUACAUUUUGAGAGCUGCAGCUAUUAAAGCUUUGGCCUCCUUCCGAAGCAAUGCAACCAACUGAUGAAGAUGUUUGAAUUUCCCCCACUUAGUGAUUGAUGAAGGCUUAAAUGUGAAGAAACAACUUAAGAUUUAUGUGCUUCUAUUAUGUAUGAUUAUUUGUUUGUUUGUGAGAGGAAACUAUAAGUUGGUGGAUGGAUGUAUUAAUCAUAAAAUGUGUUUGUUAUCUCUUUCCUUUUUUUUCAUUUAGUAUUAGUUUACUGUUUUCUCCCCUUGUUCUCCCUACAUCCAGUUAAUUUUGUGAUAUCAAACAAUCCGAGCUCUA